AUGCUGGGUGCAAACGAGACUACUAUCGAGGGAUGGGAAAUUGAAAGGCACAGGACGUUGUGUCGACGAGCACGAGCCCUGGGUGGCUACCUCGAAGGUCCAGAUGGUGUCAAAGUCUGGAUUAAAAAACAAGAAUUUCCAUACGAUAUUGGUGUUUGGAAUAACAUUAGAGAUGGCAUGGGUGGUAGUAAUAAUAGCACAAUAUUGAUGUCUGAAGAUGAAUCUCUCAUCUGGCCUCCACCGGACCCUGACAGGAUGUCCCGAAACACACCACAAAGGCAGGAUAGAACAACACUUCUUGGAGAUGGUCAAAAUUUUGACUAUGACGAGAUUGAGGCCUUUCAUAAGCGCCAGGAGGCAGACUAUCUACGCCAGCGAGCUGUCUCCGAAGUCCGCCGUCGAAAACCGUUUCAUAAACGGUAUAUGAAAAAGGGGGAUGAUGGCCAUCUAUCCAAUAUCUCCGACUCGGAAGACGAGGAAUUGUCCAACAGUGGAGAAGAAGGCUGGAGAAACUCGGAAGGUGAAAGGUUGAAAGAUUUUGGAGUUGAUGAAGAGGUUGAAUUCUACGAUGAGGAUGAUAUACCACUUGCCGAAUUAAUACGGCGAAAAAAACUUCGGUCAUGA